AGGAGUUCAUAUGCACACAGCUCCACGGAGACUUCAGCUUCAUGCUGACAUUCAUUAAGAAACAUCAAACUGCUGAGAAAAAUAUUCAUACGGAGAAAAACUCAAAUAUAAAGUAUGCAUCAGUGUUGUGUGUUAUGUUGCCUCUGCACAGCAUUUCUCUCUGCUCUAUUUUCAGGGCUGGAUGUGACAUUUGUCCUCACUGACCACUCCAAGAGCUGGACUGAGGCCCAGAGCUACUGCAGAGAACACCACACAGACCUGGCCAGUGUGAGGAACGAGGCAGAGAACCAGAAGGUCCAGGAGCUGGUUCCAGGAGGAGGAGGAUUUGUCUGGAUCGGCCUUUUCAGAGACUCGUGGAAGUGGUCUGAUGGAAGUAGCUCCUCGUUCAGAUACUGGAGGUCAGGGCAACCUAAUAACUACGGGGGACAGGAGGCUUGUGCAGCAGCAGAUUUCAGCUCCUCUGGAAGAUGGGUGGACGUGAAAUGUGACGAGAAGUUUCCAUUCAUCUGCUCCGGUCCAUCUGAGUGCGUCUUCGAAGAAGAAGAAGAAGACAGUGAAGAGAUUGAGGAUGACUGUGACUGUAUCUGCUGUGAUUGAGGGAAUGCUGAAGCAGAAGCUGAAGGACCAGGGGCUGAAUGACGACGUCACACUGAGCUGGAGGAAGCAGGCAGAUGGAAAAGUCUUCCACAAGGAGAAGAAGAAGACCAGCUUUCAUUGAGAUUUGCUGUUAAUCAGAGAAAAGUGUGUUUCUUUCCUCAGAGUCCUCGUGUGAUGUGUGAGAAUUCUGCCCUACAAAGCCUUUAACUGCACUAACUACAUUUUGGGUCUAAAUUGAGUUAAAACCAAAAAUGAACUCCUUUGUGUCUGUUUUAUCUUGAGACAAAGUUUUAGAUUUCAAUUUGGCUUUUUGUCAGAGAAAUAAUGACUAAUAAUAAAAACUCCAAAAUCCAACUCAAAACCAAAGCAGACUGCAGUAACUUCACUUUGAC